UGGCAGAGAAUUCCACAGGCUCCCCACUCUCUCGGUGAAGACAUUUCUCCCCAUCCCAGUCCUAAAUGGGCCUACCCCGUAAUCCUUACACUGUGACCCCCCUUGUACUGCACUCACUGGUCAUCGGAAGCAUCCUUCCUGUGUUUUCCCUGUCUGGUCCUGUUAGAAUUUUAUAGGUUUUGUUGAAAUCCUCCCUUUCCGCUUCCAAGUGAAAACAGACCUAACCAAUCCAGUCUCUCUUCAUACAUCAGUCGAACUGUCCCAGGUAAAUCAGUCUGGGAAACUCGUCCAGAGCCCAAACAUCCUUCCUCAGAGAAGGAGACUAAAACUGCAUGUUGUACUCCAGGUGUGGCCUCACAAGGCCCUGCACAAUUGUAAGAAGGUCAUGACUGAUGGACCCAGUGGGCUGAAGGGUCUCAUUCCAUGCUGUUAAAUGUUCUACAGCUGCAUUUGCAAAGCCACAUUCUCCCCUACCCAACAAGCCCCAGCACCAUCUCCGAAGUGUCCCGUGACUGCCUGGCCACAGGUUCAUUAGAUGGUGAGAUACGCAGGUGAAUGGAUUUCCAGGGCUAGCAUCCCAGUUCAGCGGGUAUUAGGGAAGGGAAGUCGGCCUUUAGUGAGCCGUAGAGAUUCUACUACGCUGUAAGAGACCCUUUGGUCCAUCCACUCCAUACCAGCUGUCAAACAUCCUAUCCUCAUCUCUAUAGAUUCUCAUAUUCCACAUUCUAAUCCCAUUUUCCAGUGUUUGAUCUGUAGGCUUGGCGUUUCAAUUGCUCAGCUAAAUGGUUAGAAUCAUAGAAUCCCAACAGUCUGGGAGCAGGCCAUUCGGUCCAUCGCAUCUGCACUGACCCUCUGAAGAGCAUCCUACUCAGACCCUACUCUGUCCCCAUAACCCCACAUUUCCCAUAGUUAACCCACCUCACCUGCAGGCCCCUGGACACUAUGCGCAAUUCAGAAUGGCCAGUCCACCCUAACCUGCACAUCUCUGGACUGUGGGAGGAAACCAGAGGAAAUGCAGACACGGGGAGAACGUGCAAACUCUACACAGACAGUCGCCUGAGGGUGGAAUCAAACCCAGGUCCCUGGCACUGUGAGGCAGCAGUGCUAACCACUGAGCCACCGUGCCACACUUAAAUAAGUUUUCCCACCUCCACAACUCUUUCAGGCAGUGAGUUCCAGAUAUCCACAUGGAUGGAAAACAUUUAUCACAAAUUCCCUCUUAAACCCCUACUCCUAACCUUAUAACUGUGCCCCCUGGUUGCUAAGCCCUCUACUAAAGGCAAAAAUGUCUCCCUAUCUUUGUCUCCCUGUCUAUGCCUCUCAGAAAUUUGUACAUCUCAGCCGUGUGUGCUCUAAGGAAGCCUCUCUUCAUAGCUGAGCCGCUCCAGACAACCCCCUGGUGAAUCUCCUGUGUACUGUGUCUCUCUCGUACACUCACAUCCUUUCUGCAGUAUGGCGACCAGAAGUAUAUGUCGUACUCCAGCUGUGGCCUAACUAAUGUUAUGUACACCUCCAUUAUAACCUCAGUGCGUCACGGAAUAAAGGCCACCUUUCACUAUCGGACAAUGCGAUCUAAUGAGGAACGCACAGUUAUCGAUGACAGCCGGAGCCGUGGGAAACCUAUGGAGCUUAUCAUCGGCAAGAAGUUCAAGCUGCCUGUCUGGGAAGCCAUCGUGGUGUCCAUGCGCCAAGGGGAGGUGGCGGAGUUUCUGUGUGAUACAAAGCACGUGUUGGUUUACCCGAUGGUGUCCAAAAGCCUGCGGAACAUAGCAGUCGGCAAGGACCCCCUGGAGGGGCAGAGACAUUGCUGUGGGAUCGCACAGCUCCAUGAGCACCACUCACUAGGACACUGUGACCUGGAUGAACUCCAGAAAGAUCCCCAGCCCCUCAUCUUCCUCAUCGAAAUGCUCAAGGUGGAGGAGCCAGGUAGCUACAGACAGGAAGCCUGGGCGAUGACGGAUGAGGAGAAGCUGGAGGCAGUCCCUCUGAUCCACGAGGAAGGCAAUCAGCUCUACAAGGAGGGCAAGGUGAAGGAGGCAUGCAAGAGGUACCACGAUGCCAUCGCCUGCCUGAAGAACCUGCAGGUGAAGGAGAAACCGGGCGAUGAGAACUGGAUGCGGUUGGACCAGAUGAUCACUCCACUCCUGCUGAACUAUUGCCAGUGCAAGAUGCUGACUGAGGAAUACUAUGAAGUGAUUGAGCACUGCACAUCCAUUAUCUCCAAGUAUAACGAUAACGUGAAGGCGUAUUUCAAACGUGGGAAGGCGCAGGGGGCAGUCUGGAAUGAUGUGGAGGCUCGGAAGGACCUGUCGACAGCGGUGAAGCUGGACCCGAGCCUGGCCCCCGUGGUUAGCCGCGAGCUGAAGGUGCUUGAAGAGAGGAUGCGGCAGAAGGACAAAGAGGAAAAAGUUCGCUUUAAGGGGAUGUUCCAAUGAGCGGCGAGGGGAACCUUUUGAGGGGCGGGGAGGGGAUGACGAUGGGAGUCUGCCAACGUCCCUUCCCUCAACCACACCCCCCCCCCCUGGCCCCGGGAACUGCUGUCACACUAAUGUACCUGAGUGUAUGUGUGUAGUGUUGGGGAGGCGAUGUGUUAGUGAGUGGUGUGCGCUCUCCCCCCCCAACAUGACGACCAUCUGACAGAGCAGCUUGGUGUUCGCACCGUCAUUCCUUAAGGACUGGCCAAUCGCCUGUGCACAACAGGCUGGGCCAGGGUGUUAGUGUGUGUCUGUGAGUGUGAGAGUAUGUGUCUGUGAGUGUGAGAGUAUGUGUGUGUGAGAGUGAGAGAGUGUGUGUGUGUGUGUGAGUGUGUGUGUGUG